AUGCCGACCAUGUUUACAUCGUUUCAAGCGGAGAUGAGCCUUGCGUCUGUCGUUGCGACUGGCAAGACACACGUUCGGUUCACCGCCCGAUCUUGUGUAACUGGUCUUGUCGUUGCGGAGCUGGACUGUACGCGUAGCACAGCCAUUUGGUUGUCUUCUCUGACAUAUUAUGUCGUCGUCUUCGUUGUGUCCUCCUCGCUGUCUGUUGUAUCGUCGUUCAUACCUCGUUCUUCCGAUGUUCUGGAUCAGAAAGAAAGCAUCUCGAACCACACUUGGAAAGGAAUCGAGUUCCUCGACCGAUACGGUUCGUUCUUGAAGGAUCGACAGAACGUGGAGAUCGACUAUGCGAAAAGCUUGAGGUGA